GGUAAGUGAAGUAGCAAUAGCAAUGGUAUAAAAGGAAAAGGAUAUAGAAAUGAAUGUGAGAGAGAGAGAGAGAGAGAGAAAGUGCAAAACAAUGGGUUGCAGCAGCCUCAAUUCAUCUAUUUGGUUCUCCUCUCCAAAUCCAAAUCCAAAUCCAAAUUCAAAUUCAAUUCAAACUCAAAUUAACAAUAAGCCUCGUCCAUCUUCUUUGUCCGUUAAUCCACAACGCCAACGACAUCGCCCUUGUCGUUUCUUUUGCGGCGACUUUCGAUCCCCUUUCGCUCCCAACGCCGUCGAUCCUCCUUCUCUGAUUGUGUCCAAAGUCAAUGUCAUGAUUUCUGGUGCUCCUGCUUCUGGUAAAGGAACCCAGUGCCACUUCAUCACCAACAAGUACGGUUUGGUGCAUGUUGCUGCUGGGGAUUUACUUAGAGCUGAAAUUUCCACUGGAAGUCAAAAUGGAAAGCGAGCCAAACAAUAUAUGGAGAAGGGACAGUUGGUUCCUGACGAAAUUGUUGUCAUGAUGGUCAAGGACCGUCUCCUGCAACCAGAUUCUAAAGAGAAUGGUUGGCUUUUGGAUGGAUAUCCCAGGAGCUUAUCACAAGCUACUGCGCUUAAAGGAUUUGGCUUUGAACCUGAUAUUUUUCUUCUUCUAGAGGUUUCUGAAGAUGUUCUUGUCGAGAGAGUAGUUGGCCGGAGAUUAGAUCCUGUUACUGGGAAGAUAUAUCACUUGAAAUAUUCUCCUCCUGAGACAGAAGAAAUUGCAGCAAGACUUACCCAACGCUUUGAUGAUACCGAAGAAAAGGUGAAGUUGCGAUUGAACACCCAUCAUCAAAACGUGGAGUCAGUCAUUUCCAUGUAUAAUGAUAUAAUUGUUAAGAUUAAUGGAAAUGUCUCAAAGGAGGAAGUAUUUGCUCAAAUUGAUAGUGCCCUGACAAGUCUUGUAGAGCAAAAGAAAGCUGCUUCAGGAUCUGUGGCAGCAUAGAAGAACAUCUUUUGACACAUGGUGUGCGUUGCUGGUGGUAACGGAUUUAAAGUCAUUUAUAUAUAGAGUUAAAAGUGCCUUCAUUCAAAGUAAGCUGCAUUUACUCGUGAAGAUUGUCUCACGGCUUUAUAUCCCAUUUGGAAAGCAAUGUGAUAAUUGGGUUGGACCUUGCAUUAGGACCUGUGGUAGUGUAGUGUGCAGUAUAUUUUACAAGUUAAUUUUUUUGAUUACCUUAAAAUCGUUUUUAUGUAAUGGCUAGCUCGUAAGUGAAGGAUUUAGUAAAUUAUUGUUUGUUGGUUCCUGUCACUGCUUGGUCCGUAUGUGGUGUUCUUUACCAUUUUCUGUACAUUAUUCAUUGAUGUCUGAAAAAAAAUAUACAUUCGAUCUACCAAAAAGGAAAAGAA